AUGGUGAACGGGACCGCCGCCGUGUUGGAACCCACUUUCACCGGGUAUGUCGCAACCACUCAAGAUGCCCUGAUACUCUUCGAAGCUUGCUUGACCGGGGUCUUGCAUCACGUUCCACGUCGCCCGCAUGAUCGCGAACGGAGUCAUCUCGUACGCAGCGGGAGUGUCUUCAUCUAUGAGGAGAACGCCUCGGGGAUCAAGCGAUGGACCGAUGGAGUGACCUGGAGUCCGAGUCGCAUUCUGGGCAACUUCCUCGUUUACCGUGAGCUAGACAAGCCUUUUCCUCCCGGAGAGAAGAAGCGCGCCAUGAAGAAAGCCACUCGACGACCAGUGCCAACCGGCCGACCAGGCGAACCUUACCCACGACACGAUAGCAGCCAGGGCUACUCUCCGACAUCUCCCAACUCGAUUCCCUUCUCAGACCGUUCCUCCCACCAAUCGGAGCUCGAACGGUCGUUGGUUGGGUCCCUGGUGGAUUCCUACGGCUUCAAGGACUCCGGAUUAGUCAAGAAGACGAUGAGCGUGACGGUGCUGGGUGUGACCCACCAUUUGGUUUCAUACUACAGUGUGGAGGAUGUGAUGCGCGGGAUCCUCAACCCACCCUCGGUGGUGGACUCGCUACGUUUUAUCCGACCCCGUAACGAACUCACCCAGAAACAAAGCUUCCGCUCCCCGAUUGACGAGAUAGACGCCAGCGCGGUGGACAGCCAGGAGCCCUCCCACGUCGCGCUAUACGGAUAUCGUCCGCAGAUGAUGGCCCCACCCACUUACCCCAUGCCAACCGCUUCAAACGACUUCUACAUGCACCCCGGUUCGUAUGCCGCCACACAUCCUCCGCAGCAAGGCACGAUCCAGGGAUACUCGAUGGGUGCACCGAUGGCAGCCCAAGCGGCACCAAGCCAAUACCUGCCAAGCCCAGGGCAGUCCAUUCCCCCAAAGCAGGAAGAUUACCACUCAUUCCGCGCGGGGCCCUACGGCGGCAGCAUGGACUCGAUGAGUGGGCACAGCAUGGCCUCGAUCCCAGGCCUCAGCACGGGACUCUCCAGUUCGCUCAGCGAGCGCAACAGAUCCACCUCGGAACACAGUCCUUCCGCAUACCGCAACUCUUCCCUCUCUUCGCGCAGCCAAGCCACAGACGCUACUUCGCCCAUGGAUCCAUCUACCCCGGCCACCUACUCCCGGGGCAGCUUCAGCAUGUCCGGCCAGCUGGAUAGUCAACACCCAUCAUUCGACCGCAACAUGCCUGGUCUCGAUCCGACCGUGCCUCGUCGCGAAUCAAACCCCAUCCAGCCGUACUACAAUACGGAUCGCACCCAGUACUAUGUAACCGGUCCCUACGCUGCCACACAACCCAUGUCGACAUGGACAACUCCAGCGGCAACACAGCCACAGAUGGCACAACCACAAAUUUAA